GGCGUGGUGGCACACUUAAUACCAGCCCCGAAAAACUGUACAAAACGCAUUGCCCUAAGCCCAGAAGGUAUCAUUUCGGGAGCAACUUCCGAUGCGAGCACACAUCUUUCUCUGCCAUCUUCUCUGCGGCUCAGGACAAGUUCAGCCACCGGUGUGUGUGACCCAGUGUGUGUGCGUGUGUGUUUUGCCGGCUUGGCAGAAGUGCAUGUGUGUGCCGUUUUUAUUAUCUUUUGGUUUGCUGGUUGUUUGGCUGCCCAGGACAGUCUUCGCCUUCGGUUCAGAACGGAAGCAAGUGCACGUUUCCUGUGCGCAGUGCCGAAAGUGUUGAUCGCCUCGUGUGCGCAUUCUGGAGCAGCUCGUGUGGUGAAGUUACAGCGGAAUAGCGGGCUAAGUUUUUCCUCUGGCGAAAUACCGGCAACCAAAUUCAAACUCUACUAUCAAUCCAGCGAACCAGAUCCUCGGAAUAUCCCCGACAGAGGAUUGCCCAGUGACUUGAGUGUGAUUUGAUCCGUUUUGUGCGUGUGAUACAGUGUGCGAGAUGGCAGCCGCAGUGCGCAGCAUGACACUCAGCCAAAAUCUGCACAACAUUAUGCCGGCCAACUGUGGACUGCCGACGUUGCAGCAGAAACCGCUCGGGACCUCGCAGCUAACGAACAAUCCGGCCGCACUGCUCGGCAAACAGCGUCCGCUAGCACCGGCACCGUCCACGGCAGCGGUGAUGGCUCACCGAGGCAAUGCGAAGGUGGUCACCGGCUCAGGUGGACCGGGUGGUGCUGGUGGGCCCGUCGUCAGCAGUACGAAGAAGUACGCCUACUGUGGACUACCGUACGCAACGCCUCAACAAUCAGCCUCCGUGCAGCGCCGCAACGCCCGCGAACGGAACCGCGUCAAGCAGGUGAACAAUGGCUUUGCGAACCUGCGCCAACACAUCCCAUCAACCGUGGUGAACGCACUAACGAACGGUACGCGCGGUGCAAACAAGAAGCUCAGCAAGGUGGACACACUCCGGCUGGCGGUAGAGUACAUCCGGAGCCUGAAGCGCAUGCUGGACGAGAACGGUGGUGAGCUGGGUGCGACCGCCCCAACGAAGCAACAGAUCACCUCCACCGUAAACUCCAAUCAACUCUCGAACAGUUCGGUAUGUUCCGCAUCGUCCGGUGGUUCCACCUACUACGGUACGAUGUCCGAACCGUCCAACGCAUCGUCACCGGCACCGUCCCAUCUGUCGGAUCAUUCGUCGCACGGUGGCGCAACCGGUGGAUGCUACGCACCGAUGUCCGGUGGGUUCAAGCACGAACCGUACGACAUCUACGUCGACCCGUCCAGCUCGCCAACACCUUCGUUCGGUUCGGACCAUGGUAUCGGGGGCGUUACCUCCUCCGUACAUCUGCACACGGGACAUUCGACGGUGCUCCCGUCACCGACCGAUAACAACAACUACAUCCUAGCGCAGCACCAGCAACAGCAGCAGCAACAGCAGCACCAGCCACAGCAUCACCAACAGCAGCCACAUCCGCAGCAGUAUCACAACCAUGGCCACCACACGUCGAUACAGUUCAAGACCGAGCUGUACGACGACUCCCCGUACGAUGAGGAGCUUAGCCCACAGAAUCCUGACGAUGAGGAGCUGCUCGACGCUAUCUCCUGGUGGCAGCAGCAGUAGUAAGCCUCCACUUACACUGCCCCAACUACCCACCAACGUUCUACCGAAGCGGCAGUGCCAAAGUCCCAUUUUCGUUCCGGACGCGCUUGGAUCAUUGUAUCCUGGAGGGAACGGUCUAGUCAACGUGCGUGAGCUCCACCAAAAUCAUCCCCACACAAACCAACCGAACGGCUCGAAGCGAGUCGGACAAGAUGAAAGGAACAUCGCAACAUACAGCAACAAACUGCAUACAGAGACACCAACGCUUUCCUCGGUCUCUGUUCGUACCCAGUGUCUACCGCUUCUUGCGGACCUUAGCUAACACACAAGUGCCUUUAGGAUGUAAGCAUGCGGCAUAGAUGGAAGAUUUAUUCUAGUUACACUGCGCUACUGUUAUUUAGAUCGUCGCAAACACACUGCUUAAGUUUAUUGUAUUAUUUAUAGUAUUUUUUUGCUAUUAAUUAUUUUUCGGUAAAGUUGAUGGAGUUUGAAAAGCAGCGUUGAAGAGUUUAAACAAAGUUAGUUUGCUAGCUGGAAAGAUAUAUUAUGGAAAGAGAAAGAGAGAGAGCGAGAGAGAGAGAUAGACAGAGCACAGUCCUAUCGUGCAAUUAGUCAUAUCAUCAACUCGAUUCAGAGUUAAUGGAAGCAACAACAAAUCACACCACAGCUAGAACGUGCAAAACCAGUGAAUUAUUUCGGUGACGAUUAAGUUUGCAAAUCUCCGUUUUUUUUUUUUUUGGUGUUGUACUACUUCAUUUAGCGAACUCUCUAGUUAGAUUAGUGCGUAAGCUGUUAAGUACUUUUGUCGGCCAUUAUAUCAUUGAUAAACAGACGUUGCAGAGACUAUCAUAUAUAUUAUACAAAGCGACUAACAACAACUAACGUUACGUUUUACGUAGAACUUGAAAUAAAAUGCGAAAAUUUAUUACUAAAACAUUCAAAACA